AUGGAAAUAAAAAUACAUAUAAUUCUAGUGACUCUAUCGUGUUAUGUGUUCGCCUACCAUGACUUCACUUGCAAGAAAAAAACAGUUCUACUACUCAUAAGACGGCCAGCUUUCGAAUUUUCAAUCAGACUACUUCAAAGAGUUGCAGAAGAUACCAACGCACAUUUCGUUUUGUCUCCGCUAACGACAUGGUUGCAGAUGAUAGCGUUAUCCGACGGAGCGCGUGGAGAAACCUUCGAUGAAAUUUUGAAGCUAACCAGACAGAAGCACAGCAAAUGCUUCAAGAGAAAGUUUCAUCAAGUGAUACCACGAUUGCAAAGGGGUUUAAGAUACAAAACCAAGCGACAGAGUGUUAUGGUGAUAGACAAAGGAGUGCUACCGAAGACACAAUUCAUACUAGAAAUGCAGGAAGUGUAUGGGAUUGAUGUAAUGGUGUUAGAUUUUAAUAAACCAACGGCAUCAUCCUUUCAAGUCAACCGUCUGGUUGACGAUGUAACUGGAGGAAUUAUAGACGGGGUUGUGUAUGAAGAUGAUUUUAUUGAUACAGUGCUAUUGAUGAGUGACGCUAAUUUCUUUCAUAGUGUUUGGCAGACGGAAUUUUUCCGUGGUUACACUCAAACACGUACAUUUUUCUCAUCUCAUGGAGCUGCUAUUGGAACAGUAAAUAUGAUGUAUCAAACAGGCUACUUUUGCAUGGUAGAAAUACCUCAAAUAGGUGUUAAAGUUUUAGAAUUGCCUUUAGGUAAUCCUGGAAUAUCUAUGCUUUUCUUUUUACCCACUACUAAAGCAUGGGUUGGUGAGUUAUUUUAUAAUUUAGAAAAGUUGGACUUGAUUACAAUUUUUAAUUUCUUUAAGAUAGAAGAGCAGAGACUAGUAAAUGUAGCUAUUCCUAAGUUUAUUCAAGUGACUGAAGUAGAGAAUUUAUCUGAAUUACUUUAUGACAUGGGUAUUAAGAGGAUAUUUGAUCGUGAAUUAUCAGAAUUAGAAGGGGUUGGUGAAUAUAAUGUACACGCUUCUGUGAUGACACAAGUAACUCAUAUAAGAGUGAACGAGAAGGGAUUAUCGUUUGGUGUGGACUUUGACUCUGCUAAUGAAAGUAGUGUAGAAUUUAUUGCAGAUAGACCAUUUGCAUAUAUGGUCGUAGAUAAAACAAUAAACUUUAUCAUAUACGCCGGUGCGUAUUCGGUACCGAGUCUUGUUUGA